UGUGUGAGACAUACUAAAAAUGUAUCUGUUGUUUGUCUGAAAUUCUAAUGUAACUAGGCAUCCUGUAAUUUUAUUUGCUAAAUCUGGCAACUCUAGGGUGGGGGAGAGAAAAAGAAAAAUGGUUUCAAACUCAGGAUGGUAUGGAGUGAGUCUUAGAAGACAGAACCAAAGGUGUGUGAGGAGACAUGGCCAUCGGGGGAGCCACCUUGUCCAACCAGAAGCAGCUGAAUGCCUGGCUCAUGGAGCUGGUGGAUGGAGAAACUGAGACCUUUUCCCUCAGGAACACAGACCUGGUUUAAGGGGACAGAUGCACACACACAAUGCACACACCACUACUGACAGAAAUAGCCCCACUCUUUGUUUUCACCGCACUGACUGUUCUGAAGAAUAUAGGCUGGUUCAUUUUCUAGAUGUUCCCUCUGUUUGGCUUUGGCUUUGAUAUUCCCUCGGGAUUAGGUGCAGGUUAUGCAUCCCUAGCCAGAAUACUACAGAAUAAAAGAGAAGAGGCUGGAAACAGCCAGGUGGGGAGCAGUGAGUGAGUGAGCAAGGACAUUUGGCUGCCCUUUCCAGAUUCCUUGGAUUGUCGGAGAAGACCAGCAGGAAGACCUUGAGGCCCUGAGCACCGCAGGCCCUCUGUCGUGCCUGCUCCCCUCGGAGGAUGAUGAGGGCAUUACUCAUCUCCUUGGUCAGCUGCCUAGUUGCCAUAAAUCAGGCUGGCCUCAUCAACCGCUGUGACUUGGCCAAGGUGCUGCAUGAGGAGGAACUGGAUGCGUUUGAGGGCUACUCCCUGAGUGACUGGCUGUGCCUGGCUUUUGUGGAAAGCAACUUCAACAUAUCAAAGGUAAAUGAAAACACAGAUGGCAGCUUUGACUAUGGCAUCUUCCAGAUCAACAGCCGCUACUGGUGCAACGACCACCAGAGUCACUCGGAAAACAUUUGCCACGUGGACUGUCAAGAGCUGCUGAGCCCCAAUCUUCUCUCAACCAUCAACUGUGCAAAAAAGAUCGUGUCCAGUGCAGGGGGGAUGAGGAACUGGGCAGCCUGGAGGAUGCACUGUGCGGACCGGCCACUCUCCUACUGGAUGACAGGAUGUCACCUGGGAUGAUGCAGGGUGCGGGCCUGCGGCGGAGCCAUCCCGCAACUCCUCUCCUCCCGGGAAAUUCUCCCUUCCCUCUUCUCUCGCCUCCACUUCGUGCUGUUUUCUUCCCUUCCCAGUUACAAAUAAAACUGACCAGAGUCCCAGGAAUAAAUGGUUUUCUAGG